GUUGCAAUUGUGACAACAGGCAGCUUUCGAGAUUCAUCAGCGAAAUAUUACAAGAGGGAUCCUGUCGAUCAGAGAUAUUGAAGCGCCAACCAUCCUUCCGAUCUUGCACAUCUGCCCGAACAACAAAAUUCUGUGCUAGGCGUCCCGUUCAAUCCAAUUCAACAGCUACAUACCAUUUGCCGUCCGAUCUGCGCAGAACGGUCCUCCACACAGUUGAGUACAUGACGACCUACAGAGCAACCGCCUGAGGACAACAAGAUCAUCACCAAACCCAAAAAAAACAAUGUCGGCCGACGCCCGUCCCAUAACCCCCGCCGCCUUCGCAGCAGCACUCAAAGACCUGCCGCUCUCAAGCCUGCGCCUCAAGGUGGCCGAGCUGCGCAACAGCAUCGCCCACCUGGACUACUCCAACGAGCAGUUGCGGCCGUUUGCCGACGGGACCGCGACCGCCGUCUCCCCAUCCACUUCCCAGCCUCAACCCCAGCCGUCACAAUCACAGUCACAGUCAUCACAACAUCAACAAGGAGACCAGGACUGCAUCGACGCGAUCCGGGAGAACGAGGAGGUCAUUGAGCGGAUGCAAGAGCGCAUCCGGCUGGUGCGCGCCGAGGUUGAGGAGCGGGGGUUCAGCUGGGCCGAGUUUCAGAGCGAGGAGGAGCGCAAGGCGGAGGAGGAGGCUAAGGGAGAAGGUGAAACAGGCAGAGGUGACGGGGAGGCGGAGUGGUUGGUUAAUGGAAAUGGGAGUAGUACGGCGGUGAAUGGUGUUGGGGCCGACGGGCCGACGACGACGAGGCACGCUGCAUGGAGCGACGGGACGUUUCAAACCGGCAGUAUACGGGACGGCGUAGUGCACAUGGACAGCGGGGAAAGGCGCGUCGGGGGAUCGCUUACGGACGAAGAACUGAGGAGGAGGAUGGAGGAGCAAUUGAGGGAUCUUGGAGGGGACGGUGAAGAUGAGGAUAGGGAGGGCGGGUUGCACCUGUGAGGUGCUGGGUACGUAUCGCAGGGGGCCGAGUAGUUCCUGACAUACGAGCGUUGUGGUCAUUCAUGUGGUCAUUUCACACUGCGAUACCCGCUCGUGGUCGAAGACUCGGAAAUUAUGUCGUCUAUUCUCCACAACUAUGAUUGUAAGAGUCAAAGGACAAUAUGCCUCCCAGGUUUGGGCGAUGAUGCAUCCCAGGGCAAGAAGAUACAAGGGAAGAAGAACAAAAAAGGACAGAGGAAAAGUGCCAUGACUCCUCGAUGAAGCCUCCCAAUGCAUUUUGUUACACAAUCUCAGCCUGUCCUAACGCCACUGCACCAUUGUCCGACCAACUCCCACACUUACGCUAGAAUGCUUCAAGCCGUUAU